CAGACUGGUUGUUGCGAGUGGCCGAUUGCUCGUCUCCGGCACCGAGGAGUGUACGUUCGGAAGCUAUCAUCUGGCUGUCAGCCGAUGGUAAACAGUUCUCCGGUAUACACCACGGUGCGCAGACGUCCGUACGUACGUAGUGCAACGUAUGUACGUAUGCAUACGCGUGUAUAUGUGGGUGAGCCUAUAGAGAAAGAGAGAGAGAGAGAGAGAGAGAGACAGAGGAGAAAUAAUUGAAUACACAUUCUCUGUCCAUGCGCGCUUUAUUUACUCGUGAAGCGGGGUGAUUCUGACAUGAGGACCAUCUGACAUUGCAGCCAAAAGCACAUUUACUAUCGUGCUUGUCAUCGCGGUGACGGAUCUCUUCAGGUGCAAUCACCGAUGGAGCUCCGAAGAGAUAUGCAAUUGGACAAGCCGUGGAUGCAGCCGAGAGCCGGCAGUGGCGGGGCCCAUCCGGGCGGAACAGGUGACGAUGAGGCCCCGAAAGAUCCGGGCGCGCGGAUCACCCAUCAGUCUUACACGGAAAAAGAUUAUGAAGGUCACAGAGCGCACACGGUGUAUGUGGGCGUGCAUUUACCAGGGGAAAGAAGACACCGCCGACACCAUAAACAUCACCAUUCGCAACGGCAGCCGUACCCCUGUGGUAAGGAGGACGCCGACAACGAUAGACCAAUCACUCCACCAGCCCAGAGAGUGCAGUUUAUCCUUGGCGAGGAAGUCGGUGAUGAUGCACACGAAUCGCAUCCGUUGUUCUCGGAAAUGGAGGAGCUCAUUAAGGAUGGCGAUGAAAUGGAAUGGAAGGAAACAGCGAGAUGGAUCAAGUUCGAGGAAGAUGUCGAAGAAGGUGGCAAUAGGUGGAGCAAACCUCAUGUUGCCACCUUAUCACUGCACUCACUCUUUGAAUUAAGGAGUCUGCUUUUAAACGGGACCGUCAUGCUCGAUAUGGAAGCAGGCAGCUUAGAACAAAUAGCUGAUCUUGUUCUCGAUAACAUGAUUAAUAAAGGAGUAUUGUUAGUCGAAUUGCGAGAGAAGGUGAGAGAAGCCCUUCUUGUCCGACAUCGGCAUCAACACGAAAGACGUAAAGACAAUAACAUGUCGAAGUUACCGAUCAUAAGAUCAUUAGCUGAGAUAGGACGCAAUCAUUCCUCCUCAAAAAAUAGCGACUGUUCAUGUGGUAUGCAUGCGUUGUUGACGUCAGAUUUGCAGGAGCGUCGUGAUCCAAAGGAUAUUUACGUACCGUCCGUGGCUCGCAGCAGCAGCUGCCCGAAUUCGAACAUGGCUCCGCUGUCGAAAGAGGCGAAAGAUCUCAAAGGGCCGUAUCUUCUGGUUCCAGUGGAGGAAUCGAAUUCCGCUCCGGCGAUCGCCGGCGCAACAAGUCAGGGCAGUGGAGCAGCGCUGAAUGCUGGUAGCCGCUUCCUUGCGAUACCCGGCAAUCCCGGCCAAGAACCAGGCAGCAACGGCAUGGAUCGAAGUCCCAGCAGCGUGUCUAUCAGCAGAAAUCACAGCUCCUCCGCUUUAGAAAACGGAGACGUUAAUCAUAAGGGUAAUACACACUUUAUGAGGAAGAUACCAGCCGGCGCUGAGGCAAGCAACAUACUCGUAGGUGAAGUCGAUUUUCUCGACAAGACUUUGUCCGCAUUCAUCCGGUUAAGCCAAGCUGGAAUAAUGGGAGAUCUGACAGAAGUUCCUGUUCCGACAAGAUUCAUUUUUGUCCUCUUGGGACCCAUGGGUGGGAUUUCGGGUUUCCAUGAGAUUGGUCGAGCUAUGGCGACCUUGAUGUCCGACGAAGUCUUCCACGAUGUGGCUUACAAGGCAAAAAAUAGAAAUCAUCUCUUAGCUGGUAUUGACGAGUUCUUAGAUGCCGUGACGGUAUUACCACCCGGUGAGUGGGAUCCAGCAAUCAGAAUAGAACCGCCAGCCGCUAUACCAUCGCAGGAAGUCAGAAAGAGACCCAAAGAGGAAAAGCCUAAGGAAGAGUUCGACGAGGAAGCUGAUGAACAAAAGCUAAGGGAAGAAUCCGGUCUUUCGAGGACUGGUAGACUGUUCGGCGGUCUGAUUAACGACAUUAAAAGAAAAGGUCCAUUUUACUUUUACGAUUUCAAGGAUGCCCUUGCACUUCAAUGCGUCGCGUCUUUUAUUUUCUUGUAUUUCGCCUGCUUGUCACCCAUCAUUACUUUCGGUGGCCUCCUCAGCGAGGCUACCGGAAAAAACAUGGCUGCUAUGGAAUCGCUAGUUUCCGGUUUCGUCUGCGGCAUUGGAUAUGGCUUCUUCUCUGGUCAGCCAUUGACUAUACUUGGUUCCACCGGCCCAGUUUUAGUUUUCGAGACGAUUGUCUACGAAUUCUGCAAAAAAGUCGACUGGAGUUAUAUGUCUUUCCGUUUUUGGAUCGGUACAUGGAUCUCCAUAAUUUUGAUGAUUCUCGUGGCUCUUGAUGCAAGUGCUUGCGUUUGUUAUAUCACUCGAUUUACGGAGGAAAAUUUUGCCACUCUCAUCGCCUUCAUUUUUAUCUAUAAGGCAAUCGAAAACGUGCUUUCAAUUGGCAAGAAAUAUCCCUUAAACACCUAUUCCAGCGAAACAAUGGACUAUGAUUGCUGGUGUAAACCACCGAAUACCAGUCUGCCAUCCAGUUAUAACAAUAUGAAUUGGACUAUGUUAGAUAAAACAACUUGCGAGAAUUACAAUGGCAGUAUGGUGGGCGAUGGCUGCAACAUACCACAUUAUGUACCCGACGUGUUCCUUAUGUCAAUUAUCCUAUUCAUGGGCACGUUCUUAUUAUCAAUAGAGCUGAAGGAUUUCAAGAAUGCUUUAUUUUUUCCCUCAAAGGUGAGACAAGUGGUGAGCGAUUUUGCAGUAAUAAUAGCGAUAUUCUCUAUGAGCACAUUGGAUCAUUUCGUGGGCAUUCCAACACCGAAAUUGGAAGUGCCGACGGAAUUCAAACCAACAUUGGAAGGACGAGGAUGGAUAAUCUGGCCUUUUCAAGGGAAUCCGUGGUGGAGUGCUAUCGGGGCAUUCCUCCCUGCUUUGUUGGGUACUAUAUUGAUUUUCAUGGAUCAGCAAAUCACGGCCGUUAUUGUUAAUAGAAAAGAGAACAAAUUAAAGAAAGGAUGCGGGUACCAUUUGGAUCUUUUUGUUCUAUCGAUCUUGAUCGAGAUAUGCUCGGUAAUGGGACUUCCAUGGUUUGUUGCAGCGACAGUCCUCUCUAUAAACCAUGUAAACUCAUUAAAAUUGGAAUCCGAGUGCGCUGCGCCGGGCGAGAAGCCGCAGUUUUUAGGUGUUCGUGAACAAAGAGUUACUCACAUACUGAUAUUCCUGAUGAUCGGGUGCUCGGUGCUCCUAACACCGAUGCUAAGAAACAUACCGAUGCCGGUGCUAUUCGGUGUCUUCCUAUAUAUGGGUGUCGCGUCGCUAAAAGGUCUUCAAUUCUUCGAUAGAAUUCUGAUAAUGCUGAUGCCUGUUAAGUAUCAACCAGACUACAUGUUCCUUCGCCAGGUUCCGUUGAAACGUGUACAUAUGUUCACUGCGAUUCAACUUGCUUGCCUCGCUUGUCUAUGGCUCAUAAAAUCCUUCAGUCAUACUUCUAUUUUGUUUCCUUUAAUGCUCGUGGUAAUGAUUGGCAUACGCAAAUCCCUGGAUUUGAUGUUUACGCAACGCGAGCUGAAAAUCCUCGACGACAUAAUGCCGGAAACAACCAAGAAACAUGCCGACGAUCUUCGUAAGCUGGAGAACGGCGAGGAACACAACGAAAUGGGAUAUGGACCUCCUGCAGGGAACAUUCAGAUCUCUUUAGCUAAUGGGAACAUCAUGAAGAUUCCUUUGGCAAGUAUCAAUAUCAGCGAGGAAGUGAAUAAAACUGGUAUCUGGCAACAAGUCAAUGAAGGCAAUGAAAAAACGAAACAGUCAAAAUCACUAAUCAAUGUGGGAAAGCAAAAGAAGCAUCCAAAGAAGGACAACUCAUUGAUAGCUGACGAGACAACGAGACUGACGACAAUGACCGAAGAGGACGAAGAUGACAGUGGGAUCUCGAUCAAGGUAGAUUUAAUACGAUCCAAGGAAAGCAUCAGUCCUUUAAAAACAAAUGGUACUACCUCAGCCGAAACUUCCGUUUAACAAGAGGAUACCAAAAACAAAUGCUAAUGCAAUAUAUUAGUUGUUUAUUCAAUCGUUUCAAAACUUUCAUCUUUAGAGAGUUUUUACUCUGCAAUGUCUUUCUGAAUUGCCAUUUAACCGACAUAACAUACAUAAGAUGAGAGUCAUAGAUCAUGCCAUUUAAUUCUCAUGAACUUGUACUCUUCUACAAAUGUCCUAUCUAUUACGUUUAAUUGAAUAAUAUUUGUAUUAUAUAUAUCAAACAAUGCGCGUCGCUCUUUGCGAGUACAUUACAAUUUAUACACAACUGUAAAUGAGAUCCUCAUUCAUAGUCUCAACAUGUUUGUACAUAAAAUUCAAUCAUUCGAAGAUUCGCCAAUAGUAUUCAAUAAAUUCAAUUGUGAUUUUAUGAAAGUUUAUUUCUCAUCUUCGUUA